UAUUGUGUGUCUUUUUGGGGUGAGGGCUCUGUGCUCAGUUUGAUGGAGAAGAGCACACCAUGAAAUCCCAGCAGCCAGAGUGGGUGCUGUGGCUGGAGGAAUGACAUGCUGGAAGAUCCCUGGUGGUACAGUUAAAUGCUUAUCAGUUUUCAGCAUUAAGCAUGGGCUUCUUUUUACUUGCUCUCCUUUCCCAUCGGGAGAAAUUUCCCCACAGGUUUGAAUGGCCUUUGUGCUGAGAGUGUUCCUGCUCUGAUUCCUUCGGCCAGCGGUGCUGGGCCGAGCUGGGAACUGACUCCUCGGUGUCAGUGGCAUAUGUGACACCUGGGGUGGUGACCAUUGUAGGCUUUGGCUGCUCUCACUGAACUCUGGCAAGCUCCUCGCUGGUGUUUCCCUACAGAUGCCAGGAGCUGGCUUGCCUUGGUGGAGCCUCUCGUGCAGUUGGGCAUCCCAGCGUAACACCCGUGCAAGACUUUUGGUGCUGGGGCCUCCCUUGCUUAUGGCCAUGUUCGAGGUAGACAACUGUAUUGGGGUUCUGGAAGCUCCAGGGGAUCUACAGGUGGGCCUGCCUGGUCCUGAAAUAAUCUCAGUGGGCAGAUGUGAAUGAGGGAAAAUGAACCACAUCUGAGGAACUGAGAGAGAUCUUAGGUUUUAUUUCCUGCCUUGGAAGGUGGUGGAUAAAGUGGUUGGGAUUCAGCAAAGAAAGGCAUGCACCAGACUGAACAUUUCCAGCUUCUGGCUGAGGAAGCUCUGAGUGUGUCAGAGAGGGAGAGCUGAGUGGGAACAGGCUGAACAAAGGAGGAAAAAGGAUCACCUUGUACUAUCUCUUCUCAUUCAGACUCUGUCCCCUCAGGCUUUUGUGUAUAGGAUAUGGAGAGUGAAAGCAAAAAGCAGUGCCCAGUUUCAACAACUGUUGUGCACUUUUUAGCUCGGAGGUGUAUCGGCAAGGAAAGGGCAUGCUCAAGCUGCAUACCAACCUUGCUUGCCAGGGAAAUUGGUGGUACCUAUAGGAGCUGAGUUCUUGUCAGCAUCUGACUGGUACUGAAUGUUGGUGAAAAUGGGUCUCCUGAUCACCCAGCCCUCACUGUCUGAAAGCAACUGUGGGCAAAGGUUCUGCAGGACAAACUGGGCAGGAGGAAGGAUAACUGAUAUUUUGCUAUUUAUUUUGGACUGUGCCUUCAAUAGAAACUGGGGGUCUCCUAACUGAAGGUCUGACACAGUCAUUCACUCAAGUUACGUGUUACUGCAUUAAUUAUGUCUUGAAAGUGACACGUUCAAGCAAGUGUACUUUCAAGACAGUAUACACACUGCAAUAUCACAAGGAGAUCCUAUUCAGGCACUGUGGGGCUUUGCUCAGUUCUGGGUAGAGGCAGAGCCUGGAGACAGGCAAUGCCUGGAGAGAUGUGAUGGCUCUGACUGAUGGUUUUGCUCAAUCCCAUCCUGUCUUUCCACAGCUGGGUCAGAAAGUGGGUUUGUUUGAUGCUGAACUCCCUUGGAACCCAAGGCUGCCACCAGAAACAUUUUCCAGUGAGCUUUAGAGUACUGAAUGCAUUUGGAAUUGCUCAGUUGUGGCAUGAUUGUCCUGAAGGUCAGAGGUGCCUGUACACCUUUCUCUGGGGCCACUCCUACCUGGAGACAUGAUGGUCCUGCUAAGUGCACAUCUGUUCAAUGCCUUGGGGAGGCUGCUCUCACUGCAGUAUGUGUCCUCUUCCAGCUUCCUUCAGAACCCUCUCAGGACUGUCUGAGUGAGGCCACAGAGCAGGUGUGCCAAGCCCUUGAGCUGGAUGUGUGGCACAAAGGGAGCAGACUGGUGCUGUGGUGUCCUGUGCUGGAUGUGUGGUCAAAAGUCAUGGAAAGCUAUCCUGAAGAAUGGGUGUAAGUUGUCACGUGAGAUAAGGGGACCAGUAGACAACAUAAAUUCUUCUUCCCAGCUUCCCUCCUGUAGCUGGAAUGUGCAAAUUAAAUCUAUUUGGAUUUAUAUUGAAUUUGCUCUCACACGAUCUGGCAGAGAACUGUGGAGUGCUGCAGGAGGGAGAUGUACAUGGCUGGAGGGAAUUGAGGAGUAGAAGGCUUUGUCAUCUCUCUGCUACUAGACUGGUACCUAUCUGUGGAGGUGGUGGUCUGUACUGGAGAUGACACAGCAGCCAUAUUAAAAAAAAAAAGGAAUUUCAGGUGAAAUUUUUCUACCAGGGAGGUUCCUUCAAGCAGAAGCUGCCUAUUGGGCUGCUCUGCUUUUGUGCUGCUGUGGGUGGAGGUGCCCAAACCCUUUAGCAGCGAUACUCAAAGCCCUCCAUUGCCUUGCAAAUGAGCCUGAUGAACCUUUGCUGUCUUACCACAAGUGUGUAACAUGGGUCUGCAGCAGUGGCACAGAUACAAUCAUUCUUCUUAACCUUCCCCUGCUGCUUCUGCAGUUCAUCCUUCCAGCCCUCCUGGGUGGUCAUUUCCCACUUACCUCUGUGCUUCAAAAGCUAUCUGACUAUUCCUAUAAUUUUCCAUGGAACUGAAAGCCACUGAACACCUGGGUGGUUGAGCACAGCCCUUUGCACUGGGAAAUGAAACCAGCAAAGACAGAACUCUCUGCUCGCCACACAAGUACCCAGAUGUUUGGGCAACUCUGAGUUGCCCUCUGGGCAGGGAGGCUGAAGGCAUAAACCACACAACUGGAAUUGAAGUUUGUCCUUAGUGACAGCACUGAAAAUACAACCCCGGUCAGUUUGUGAAGAACUGGCAGGUCUUUCUAUGUGGGUCUGCCCUGACAGUGGGAAAACAACCUCAGGGGCAGGUGUAAGACCCACAAAUGUGAUGCUGAUGCACUUUCCUUUCAACAUUUGCUCUCUGAAAAUAAAUUCCAACCAACAACCUAAUGUUCUCUCUGGAGAGGAUACUAACCAUUUUUUGUGUGUCUGAACUGGAAAACUUUGGUGUUGGCUGGGCUGAGAGCAUCCUUCUGAAACCUGCGCAUGUUUUUGUGGUGUGCUCUUCAUCAGGGUGAAAUUUCCCCAUGUGCAGAGAACCCUGACCAGGGCUAUGCUUCACCUGUGUGCUGACCUAGUCCUAGAGGGAAGUAGAACUGAGGUGGUACUGAGGACUUCAACAAGGCAUGGACCAUUUUCUAAGGCAACCAAGGACUUAAGCUGUAUAGGAAACCUGACAAAGACCAUCUCUGCAGCUCAGUCUAAAUUGCUCUAAAAGUUUGAUCCAUCAAUUUUUUCCAAACUCUGUCACCCUUUCCCACCUUUUUACCCCUUGAUUCCUUCCCCUUCUCUGUGACUCCUCCUUUUUCUCCCCUGCCCUCCCUCCCCAACACAGUCCUUCCCACACUUUUCUCAUUCUGACAAACUCGGCAGGUGGGAGUUGGGGUUUCCAGAUGUUCAGGAGGGAGGGGGCCUGUGUUAAUUACAGCCUUGCUGGGGGUCGUGUGGGUGAGAUGGCAUCCCUGGGGAGCCUCAUGACUCUGCGAUGCUUUAGUAGACACAGAACAACUGAAGCAAAGCAACCAGCCACACCACAGAGUUUGCUGAUGGGGUGGGGAAGGCAAGGUUCCUCAGGGUUGUCCUCCUAUGGUGCUUUUGUGGAAAGAAACACAGAGCAAAAGGUCUUCGUUGUAAUUUGUCAAGGAGUCACCCCAGUGAUUCCACAAUUACAAGCCCUGACAGGAAUGAGAGAGAUACAGCUGGAGAGAUGGAGAUGCCAGCCUGAUCUCCUGCAGACACCACAACUGCAGGAUACAGAAAUUAAGCUGAAGAGCCUGGGCACUGCUCAGAGGCCCAGGGCUGACAUUUAAAGGGAAGUCUGCAACCUACCAGCCAAGUACCAGAGCUACUGCAUGGUUUUGGUUGGUUUUCUUUGUGGUUUCUUCUCAUUUGUUUGUUUUUUGUUUGCUAACCUUCCUGCCUGCUUUGGUUUUCCCCUCACCUACAGGUUUGGCCGUUGCAAGCUUUUGGAUGCCUUUUUCCUUCCCUCUUGACUGGCUUCAUCAAUCAGACAGCCUCUUGUUGCUCUUCACAAGGGCUGCUUGCAGGGCUGGGAGGGCACAUGGGUCCUUCCCAGCCUGGAUUCAUGCUGGCUUCUUGUCCUCUGCUUUACCCCCACAGACUCAGCAGCCUCUCCCCAGGGAAUGCAAUGCUUGAAACCAUCAGGAAGAGUGGCAGGAAAGAGGCCGAAGCUGACAAAAAUAACAGGAACAUACUUAGCACAUGGAAACCCAACCAGCCAGAAGGAUAGGGGAGAGAUUAGGAUUGGGGAAGGAGAGUCUUUCUGAGCUGUUGUGGCCAUGACAGGAAAGAAGCAUACUAAGACGAUUGCUCUUGUCGCUUUUCCUUCUGUCUGUCGUGGCUGCUUCCUUCCCUUUUUUUCUUCCACUCACAUUUAUAGCAGUUGUUUUGCAUGUGAGAUCCACACUAAGAGAAUUUCCAGUGCAACUGGUGCUAGUUCCCCUUUUUCUGGGAUGACUGGAGGCCCAGGGGAUUUUGUUUUAUGAAACAGUGGAGCAGGGCAUCCAGUGACUUGUCCUGGCUUCCUGGGGACGCUUUAUCUUGCUGUGUUUAGUGCAGCAAGGACCCUGUCUGCAAGUUCACCAGUGAUCUCCAGUGCUCUCAGCCUUCUGCAAGCUCUGCUUUUUUCCUGGGGCCUCAUGUUCUGCUUUGUCUCCCCUCUAGGGCUACAGCCUUCUCAUUCUCCUUGCAGAAGAGGCUGUGGUUCACCUGCAUUAUAUUUAGCAGCAGUACUGUCACCCCAUUUUUUAGGUCUUUUGUGAAUCAUAUUGUGGUUGCCUUGGUUUUGCUGCUAUUUGUUUGAAUUCCUGUACAUUACAAGGAAGCCUAUUCAUAUUUCUGCAUUUUCUGUUCACAGAACAACUGUUUACAGAACAGCAGCCACUUAAAGACAUUCCUUUUUCAGCAAGGCUUUCAUCACCUAGAUCCAACUUGGAAAACCUUGAUUUUCUCUCUUAAGCCAUUUCUGACUCCAGCUAUGGCAGAUCAACUCAUGAAGCCAGUGGUUUCUUGGGAGGUUUGGAUGUAGAUGAAGUUUUUAGGUCAUAGACUUUCAGUACCUAAAGAUGACUGACAUAACCACCACCAGAGAGCAUUUAGUGAGACCUCUUCACCGUGCUCAGGGCGAGCAGAAUUGGCUGAAUAGGCAGUGGGUGCCUGCAGGGUCAGCUAAGAGGGCUGUGCAGAGCCUCUGGCUGCAAGGAGGGGGGUAUGGUCUGUGUGCACACUCUGGGCUGAGAACCAUUGGCAAGGCAAAGGUGAGGUGCAGAGGUUGCAACAGCAGGGAGCGCAGAAAUCAGAGUUGCUGUGGAAUGACCUUAGGAGAAGAGUCAACUGGCUUGACUGAGGCUGAAGAGGCUGAAAUAGAGACAAUCAGGAAGCACAGGCAGGAGCUUUUGGAUGACAUUAAGAAGCUGAAGGAGCAGAUUGAUGAGAUGGUUGCAGAGAUUGAGCGUUUCCAACGUGAAGAGGAGAAGCAAGUGGCAGACAGUAAUCCUGGAGAGCAGAUCAGCAAGCAGUCAGAGAGGGAUAAAAUUCUGUCCCUGGGCCGGAAGAAAUUCAACAUGGAUCCUGAAAAGGGGAUCCAGUACCUGAUAGAGCACCAGGUGUUGUCUUCAGACCUUCAGGAGAUUGCCAGAUUCCUCCACAAGGGUGAAGGCCUGAACAAGACAGCCAUUGGGGAUUACCUGGGUGGGAGGGACCCCACAAACAUUCAGAUCCUGCAGGCCUUUGUGGCAUGUCACCAAUUUGCCAACCUCAACCUGGUGCAGGCGCUGAGACAGUUCCUCUGGAGCUUCCGGCUGCCUGGGGAGGCGCAGAAGAUUGACAGGAUGAUGGAGGCCUUUGCCAACUGGUACUGCAAGUGCAACCCAGGAGUGUUCCAGUCCACAGAUACCUGUUAUGUACUCUCCUUCUCUAUCAUCAUGCUUAACACCAGCCUGCACAACCCCAAUGUGAAAGACAAACCCCACUUUGAAAGGUUUGUGUCCAUCAACAGAGGCAUUGACAAUGGAGGGGACCUGCCAGAAGAGCUUCUAAAGAAUCUGUUUGAGAGCAUAAAGAACGAGCCGUUCUCCAUACCAGAGGAUGAUGGCAACGACCUCACCCACACUUUCUUCAACCCUAACCGUGAAGGCUGGCUGGUGAAACUAGGAGGACGUGUGAAAACCUGGAAACGCCGCUGGUUCAUUCUGACUGAUAACUGCCUCUAUUACUUUGAAUAUACCACGGACAAAGAGCCUCGGGGCAUCAUCCCCUUGGAGAAUCUAUCAGUCCGGAAGGUGGAUGAUCCCAAAAAGCCAAACUGCUUUGAACUCUUCAUUCCCAACUGCAAAGGGCAGAAGAUCAAAGCCUGCAAAACAGAUGGGGAUAGGAAGGUGGUUGAAGGCAAGCAUCAGUCCUACAAGAUCUCAGCAGCCACUCCAGCAGAGCGUGAUGAGUGGAUUGAGGCAAUACGGACCAACAUCUCACAGGAUCCUUUCUAUGAUCUGGUCUCUGCCCGUAAGAAAAAGAUUGCCAGCAAAAACUGAACCAUGACCUGGUCACGGCAUCAGAAAGGUGGAGGUUAUUGGACAGCUUCCCUCUCACACUGGGCUCUUCCAGUGAGGAAAUUUGGGAGCUUUGGUUCCAUCUGCCUCCCACCUGGCAGGCAGAUGACUGACAGGACAGCUUGCCCUCUGCCUCUUCCCCUUCCAAACUGAAGGCAGAGGUGCAGGGUGCGAUCCACUGAGGACUCAGAACUGUGGGCAGGGGGUUGCCCAUGUCCGAACAUAAAGGCUCAACAGCAAUUGGCCUUUGGGUUCUCCCAUGUAGGCCCAGACAUGUGGGACAGGAUCUGAGAGGAAAAAGGAAUGUCUGCACAGUGUCUCCAGCCCUGCCUGUUGUCACACCAGGCCAGGGUAUUUUUCUGUGAGGGGCCAUGUAGAUUCUCUUGGAGCUGAGCAUCUCCCAGUCAGUUACAGAGCAGAAAGGCCCCAAUGGUUUCUCUUCCAUGAACAGAUGUGUAGUGGUUGUGGGGUGGAGGCCACCAAUAUUUAGAAACUUGCUGUGAAACCAGAUGUCAAAGUAAGAUCAGAAGCCCUCAGUUCAGAAGAAAUCCCUUUCUCCCUUCCUACAUCCUGUAGUGAGGGCUGUAAUCCUGGGAAGUCCCUGCUCAGUAACUGUGCCAUAAAUGUUAAAAAGUUAGAGAUAAUUGAAUCCCUAUCCAACAUAAGGGCUAACUGAGCAGAGAGAUGCUGUGGGACCAGGAAAGCAGCUCUGGGUGUUUUGUUUUUCUUUUUUGAGACUCAGGGAUCACCACAGAUUUCCUUAGGGAAGAAAUCCAAACUCUAGCUCACCUCCUGGCUGAUGGCUCCCUGACAAAGGCUGGUUCCUUGAGCAGCUCAGAGGCCUGGGUUUUGUAUCUGAAAGUUUUGCAGUCAGAUGGCAUGAAAAAAUGGAGGUACAUAUACCUACCUCCCCACCAGCACACACACAGAGGCAUUCAUUCCCAUCUUCAUACAAUGGUAUCAUCUGGAGCCUGGGGGUUUUGUCUCUUGUGUAAAGAGAGAAAUAAAAAGAGGUUAA